CAAAUCUCUAUCACCCAUAUUUUAUUUUAUUAUUCUACGUGUUGGUCAAACUUGGCAAUCCUUUUAGGGACGAAGGGAGUAAAAGAUAAAUGGUUCACUUUUUUCACGAAUCUCGAAGCCUUUUUUCAAGGUACCUUGAUGAUCCUAAUCCCUAAUAGGAAGUAUGUUGAACCACAUCUUCAACUUAACAAAGUAUGGGUUGUAACCGUUGGACCACUCACAUUACUAUAUAUUGGUGAAUAUCAAGAAUCACAACUACUCCACAGCACACAUGAUGGCGCAAAUAGACGUAACAAAAGCUUAUCCUCCACCUUCUACGAAUAAUAGUAACUAUACCGAUUUGAUAACUAUUUUUAUUGUUCCAGUUUUGGGAGGAAUUGCGGUCACGGUUGUAAUUCUAGGAGUGAUACUAUUUAAAAGAAAAUUGAUGAGUAGCCAUGGACUCAUCCUCGGGGUUAGGAUGUUCAUGUGGCUUUCUAGUCACACGUGGGAAGCGACUAACGCUUCAGAAACGGCACGUUAUCCUAACAUUUCGACUGCUGAACGUGUCGUUUGUCGAACGUUAGUCGCUUCCCAUAUCGUGGUCAACGUAUUAGGACUUGGAUAUUGGUCACGUUUAGGUGUCAUGGAAUAUCAUAGGAAUGGGGAAAAGAGCAACUUGGUAGUGUUCGAGAUCGGAGCUUGGUUUACCAUGCUUGUUUUGAGUUGCGUUGAAGUUUAUGUGGUGAAGAUGGUUGGGGAAAGACGCUAUGGUCGAGUAUCUCAUUGGUAUAUAGUGGGGAUAUCUUUUAUUUGCAUGGCAGAGAAUAGAUGGAGAACCGAUAAUGGUCGUGGAAAAGUCAACGCAGAGGAUGAUCGGUUGCUGGAAUCACAACUUAUUGGCAAAAUGGAGGAAGCUUUCGAUGAAGUCAAAAGACUUUGUAUGGAAGACUCCAAAAAAUUAAAUUAAGGAAUUUUAUCAAUUCAGGACCCGAAAGAUAGAUUAAUUAUCAAUUCGGGACCUGAAAGAUAAAAUGCAUAGCACCCGAAUGAUGAAAAACUAUCAAUCUAAAACUCGAAUGAUUGAAAACUAUUAAUCUAGGACCUAAGUUGUCAUAAUUUUUUUAUUAAAAAUUUUUAAAUAUUAUUUCAUUUUAUUAAACUAAUAAACUUUUGUGAAGAAAAGUUUAUCAAAAAUUAGUAAUGGAAUUAAUAAAAAAUUAAAUAAAUCAAAACCUAUGAAACGUUAGGUCCUAAAUUGAUAGUUUUCCAUCAUUCGGGUCCUAUACUGACAUGUUUCAUCUUCCGGGUCCUGAAUUGAUAAUAAAUGUAUCUUCCGAGUCCUGAAUUGAUAAAAUUCCUUAAAUUAAUGUUACGAUGUUUAGUUUCUGGGUCAGAAAUUAAUACUCUGUAAAAAGUUAUACCAGUGCUACGUAUAAAUGUAAUGAUAUACAAGUACUAAAAAAA